AUGUUUGUAAAAAGCAAAGGCCACAUCAAUCCGAUACCGUUUGAAGAAAUCUUCCCCGACGAAUGUUUUAUUGGAAGUUUUGCGAAGGCUCCGCAGCUCUGUGCAUCGGCAGCUCGCGAUUUGCUGUCGAAAAUGCUGGAGUUGGAUCCUGAGAAAAGAAUCAGUAUUGACGAAGCGGUGCGUCACCCAUACGUGAACGUUUGGUUUACUGAUGCGGAAUGGAAUGCUCCAUUACCUGAAAAUCGAUACGACGCAAAUAAUGACCUCAUUGAGCGACCAAUACAUGAAUGGAAAGGUUACUUACUCAGUUUCUUACAGCCUUUUGUAAACAAAGAAAAUCGUUUUCACAGUCUGUAA